ACAAGCCAAACUAGAAUAGGUGCCUGUUCUUGUCUGCCAUCCACUUUGUUCGAGCCCAAGCAAGCAAAGUAGCAAACCAAGAACAAGAAAUUUACCCAGCAAGCUCCAAGUUCUAUCCAAGAAGAGUCCUUCACAUUCUACAUGGAGGGAAGGGAAGGCAUUGCAGUGGCAGGAGGCCAUGAGUCCGGUCAUGGUCUCUUCAGAGCAGACAUAACCAUGGCAGAGGCGCAAGAAGCAGCAAAGGGGUACCAGUCCUCUCCCUCCUCGCCGUCGACGUCCCCCACGCCGUCUCCGCCACCGGCGGAAGCUGGCCACGGAGGGGAUGCCACUGCAACUCCACUUGCGUGGAGUCUGGGCGGGGACAAGCCAAGCGAGGCCGCAGGGGACAACGGCAUGCAGACGGCUGGGCAGAGUGAGCAUGCCAACUUGAGCUCCGGACGGCGCAGGGGCCGCCCGCGCGGCUCCGGCAGGCGCCAGAUCCUAGCCACUCUAGGAGAAUGGUAUGCGCUGUCAGCUGGAGGGAGUUUCACACCUCAUGUCAUCAUCGUGGGUACUGGGGAGGAUGUGGCGGCGCGCAUAAUGUCAUUUUCUCAGAAGGGUCCACGCUCGAUCUGCAUCCUCUCUGCCAAUGGGACAAUCUCUAAUGUAACAUUGAGGCAGCCGGAUUCAUCUGGUAGCACCUUCACCUAUGAGGGCCGUUUUGAGAUUCUGCAAUUGAUGGGCUCUUUCACAAUGGCUGAGGAAGGUAGGAGGAGAACCGGUGGGCUCAGUGUCUCUCUUGCUGGCCCCGAUGGCCGUGUGGUUGGCGGUGUAGUGGCUGGGAUGCUGCGUGCUGCGAGUCCUAUACAGGUGGUUGUUGGGAGCUUCCUGCCCAAUAGUCUGAAGCAGCAUCAGAGGAGGAUGAACUUGCAGCAACAAGCAUCUCCUGCUCCAGCACUCCCUGCACCUGUGGCUCCCCCUCCUGUGCUCACAGCGGCAAUGCCAAUCUCUCAGGCUGCUCCAGGCAACGGGUUCCAUGCACCGCCAGCCUCCGCCAUGCCCCCACAACUCCAUGCCAACGCGGAGCACGGCGCCAUGAACUUGAACACGACGGGCUUCACUAUGGUUGGCUGGCCUGCAAGCCCACAGCCCGUGGCGCACAGGGCUUCACCUUCACCUGACAUCAACGUCAGCUUGACUCCCCAGGAGUAGAAGAACUGGCCAUGGCGGUUUCAUGUUUUUUGGUCGCCUCAUUGCUGUCUGACACAUUUUGUAGUAGGGCAUGGCACUUGCUGUCCAUGCGUGACACUAGCCGAUUGGGUGGGGAGAAACUAAGCUAGAAUGAUGAAGUAAGGUUGAUUUAGCGCCAAGAUCAGUAGAAUGUGGUAGAUGCUCUAAUGAACUAAUCCGUGUGUCUCUUUAGACAGGAGAUGCCAAUUUGUUGGGUUACUGCUGUUGCUUUUGGUCAUGACUGUGGCAGUUAAUUCAGCUCUAGUCCUUUUUAUCGGUCUGUUUAGCUUGUUC